GUUGAUUGCACAAACACUAUCCUAACUUAGUACUACCUCCAAACAUAUCUAACCUCUCUUUAGACUCCAAUAGUGAACUUGUAAUUUACAAAUAAUAACGAACUUGUUAUAUGGAAAUGAUGGGGGAGGUUAUGAAUUUUAGUGCUGCAGCAUCACCAGGUUCAGCAACCAGGAGUAAACUAGACCGGAAGACGGUGGAGAGGAAUCGACGGAUACAUAUGAAAGGACUUUGUCUCCGACUCACUUCUCUUGUCCCUCCUCAUUACUUCAACCCCUCCAGGGAGUUGUUAUCACAACAAGCUCAGCUGGACCAGACAGCCGCUUACAUUAAGGAACUAAAAGAGCGGAUCGACGAAUUAAAGGUGAAGAAGCAAUUACUAACUCCAAUGAGCAGCAGCAGCCAUACGAGCAGCCCGGCAUCCUCAUCAUUCAUAGUGCCCGUGGUUGAAUUACGAGAGCUGGGUUCGAGUAACAUAGAAGUAGUCGUGGUCAGUGGUUUAGCAAAGAACUUCAGGUUAUGUGAUGUCAUCAGUGUUCUUCAGGAAGAAGGAACAGAUGUAAUCAGCAUUAAUGUUUCCAGUGUCGGAGAUCGAGUUUUCCACACACUACAUGCCCAGGUAAAAGUGUGUAGAGUUGGAGUGGACAUCACAAGGGUUUGGCAGAGAUUACAAGAACUAAUGUCUUUAGCUUACCUGUGUGAAGAUGCACAGUCUUAUUGACCAGAAGACGGAGGCGCGUUGACGAUGACGACGAUGAUGUAUAAUUGGUGUACAUGUGAAGCUCGUAUCAUAAUCUUUCAGCGUCAUAUGUUUCUUCUGCAUUAUGGCACUUUAAUAUAGUAAAUGCUAUUAUUGCAUGUACAAAUAUCAAAAUUUAAAGCCGUGUAGGGCGCAAUUUAAAUCCAUGUGGUUUCAAAUGACAAAUGAGUAUCGUACACGAGAACAGAACCAUAAGUAAGGAAAUGUUAUUUGCGUUCCCA